AUGACUGUUACCUUAUUGGUUGCCUCCAGUUCCACAGCGUCGCCGAGAACUGAAACAGAAACAGAGAUUUGCUUCUUCUUCCGAAACUCAAAUUCAAUUCAAUGGCGACGAGAAAUCGAACUCUGCAAUUCCGGAGGCACAGAGACGCCGUCAAGAGCGUUCGCGCUCCUCUGUCUUCAUCAGCAUCUUCUUCCGGCGGUCCUGUCAUUGAAAUGGUCUCCACUUCGCUUCUCCGUUCCAAUAACCGAUCUUCUUACGAACCUCUAAGCACCCACGAUCCAGGUCCAGGAACCUCAAGAGAUGCUUUUACUGUGGGCUUGCCACCAUCUUGGGUUGAUGAUUCUGAAGUAAUAGCUACAAGUAUACAACAAGCUAAGGUUAAAAUGGCUGAAUUAACCAAAGCUCAUGCAAAGGCUUUGAUGCCUUCCUUUGGUGAUGGCAAAGAUGAUCAGCACCUGAUUGAGACUCUCACUCAAGAAAUUACAGCCCUCCUCAGAAAGUCUGAGGUGAGGCUAAAAAGACUUUCCACUGCUGGUGGAUCUUCUGAGGAUUCUAAUGUCAGGAAAAAUGUGCAGCGUUCACUUGCUACAGACCUCCAGAACCUGUCGAUGGAUCUCCGGCGAAAGCAGUCUGCAUAUUUGAAACGUCUGCAGCAGCAAAAAGAGGGUUAUGAUGGAAUUGACUUGGAGAUGAACUUCAAUGGGAGUAAAUCUGGUAUGCAGGAUGAUGGAUUCAGUGAUGUGGGUUUUAGUGAAGCGCAAAUGACAAAGCUUAAAAAAAGUGAGCAUAUAUCAGAGGAAAGGGAGAGAGAGAUUGAGCAGGUUGUUAAAUCCGUCAAUGAACUUGCUCAGAUCAUGAAGGAUCUCUCCGUCCUAGUGAUAGAUCAGGGAACAAUUGUGGAUAGAAUUGACUAUAAUAUUCAGAGUGUUGCUACAUCAGUUGAGGAGGGCUUAAAGCAGUUGCGAAAGGCAGAAAGAACGCAGAAAUCAGGAGGGAUGGUUACAUGUGCAACAGUGCUUGUUAUAAUGUGCUUUGUCAUGCUAGCUCUCUUGAUACUCAAGGAGAUAAUCUUCUAGUCAUAUUAAUGACCGUCUAGCAUCAAGCUAAUUCACUUUCACAGUGUCAAUCAGAAUUAAAUCACCUUUUGCUUUGGAUUUACAAGAUCAGCUCAUUAUCGAGCACCGGGAGGAGGAUAGUAAUGUACAGUACUAAUUCUUGCAGAUAUGUACUUAAAUUGUUUUUUAUAGGUGCUUGAUAGUUAGAAUUUUUUUUUUGUUGAUGAUCUAGUUUUGCCAUAUCAUGUAAAUAGGGAUUUUCAGCUAAUUCACACCCUUUCUGACA